UCUAGCUCUCUCUUGCGCGCUCGCUCUCUCGAUCUCACCCUCGCUCUGCGUUCUGUCCGGGAGGAGUACCCAGAAGCCAAUAGGAUGCGGGGUCUCUAAUGGAUGCAAAUGAUGGUGAAAAGACGGGGCAAAAUAUGAAACAACUCAUUUGGAGGGAAGUAAAUCACCGAAAACUGUUUAUGAACUGGCAUCCCUUCUUCGAAAUGUAAAGCGAGGACCUCUUUAAGUGGCGCCCCCAACUACAGCCUGCGCCGCCGCCGCCGCCUCAAAAUUCAAUAAAAUGAGCUCUUAUUUCGUCAACUCACUGUUCUCCAAAUACAAAACCGGGGAGUCCCUGCGCCCCAAUUAUUAUGACUGCGGCUUCGCCCAGGACCUGGGCGGCCGACCCACCGUGGUGUACGGUCCCAGCAGCGGCGGCAGCUUCCAGCACCCGUCGCAAAUCCAGGAGUUCUACCACGGGCCAUCGUCGCUGUCCACGGCUCCCUACCAGCAGAACCCGUGUGCCGUGGCGUGCCACGGAGACCCCGGUAACUUCUACGGCUACGACCCGCUGCAGCGCCAGAGCCUGUUCGGUGCGCAGGAUCCAGACCUGGUGCAGUACGCAGACUGCAAGCUCGCGGCCGCCAGCGGCCUGGGCGAGGAGGCCGAGGGGUCUGAGCAGAGCCCCUCGCCCACACAGCUCUUCCCCUGGAUGCGCCCUCAAGCAGCCGCCGGACGCAGGCGAGGCCGCCAGACCUACAGCCGCUACCAGACCCUGGAGCUGGAGAAAGAGUUCCUAUUUAAUCCGUAUCUGACUCGCAAGCGGAGGAUCGAGGUAUCGCACGCUCUGGGACUGACAGAGAGACAGGUCAAAAUCUGGUUCCAGAACCGGAGAAUGAAGUGGAAAAAGGAGAACAACAAAGACAAGUUCCCCAGCAGUAAAUGCGAGCAGGAGGAGCUGGAGAAAGAGAAGCUGGAGCGGGCGCCAGAGACCGCCGAGCAGGGCGAUGCGCAGAAGGGUGACAAGAAGUAGGCUCCAGUUGGGACUGCUUGGGCCGGGGCUAGCCCGCACGUCCGCCGGUCCCUCCCGCGACCACGCCGCUGUCGCCCGCUCCCCCGCCUCCGAGAGCUCCGGCCCCGCGAGCGGAGCCAGGAGCUGGGCCUCCCACCGCAGCGUCCCCCGCCGCGCCAGUCCCUGCUAGUGGUAGUAUCUCGUAAUAGCUUGUGUGUGAGCUACCGUGGAUCUCCUUCCCUUCUCUUGGGGGCCAAGGGGGGAAAAAAGAAAAGGAUUUUAAACAAGGACUCCCUCGCCUUGCGAGGGUGAGCGACUGCUGCCUGCCAGAGCCCCCCUCGCCCCCGCCCCAUGUAAAAAAGCCUCCUUGUGCAAUGGUCUUUUUCCUUUGAACGUGCUCCUUUGUAAUGACCAAGGUACCGAUUUCUGCUAAGUUUUCCCAACAACAUGAAACUGCCUAUUCACGCCGUAAUUCUUUCUGUCUCCCUCCCACUUUCUCUCUCUCUCUUUCUCUCUCUUUCACCACGUCCUCAUCUUUCCUCGCAACCCAGCUCCCCACUGCCCUCCCUAGCUCGCUGGCUUUCUCUCUUGCUUCUCUCUUUUCCUCCUGUCCCCCCCCCUUUGAUUUGACAAUUUUGUCUUAAGUGUUUCUCAAAAGAGAUUACUUUAGUUAGCAUGCGCGCUGUGAGCAAUUGUUAAAAGUGUUCUUAGGUUUGCUGUGAAGAGAAUGUAUCCUGUAUCCGUGAAUUGCUUUAUUGGGGGGAGGGAGGGCUAAUUAUAUAUUUUGUUGUUCCUCUAUACUUUGUUCUGUUGUCUGCGCCUGAAAAGGGCGGAAGAGUUACAAUAAAGUUUACAAGCGAGAACCCGA